AUGGCAACGGAAGAGAAUGAGAGCACUCAAAGGAACACCCUUGUAGUUAGAAAAUCAUGCUUUGGCCUCCCAACCGGUUGCCCUCAAUGCUUAUCUGCUUACAUUUUUCUCAAGUUCUCUCAAGUUCAAUUCAGCUUGGAUUAUCACCCUAACUACCCUGAUUCUGAUCAGAUUCCUUACUUCGAGACUGGUGAUUACGUGACAUACAAUAAUGAGAAGGAGGGGAUCAUUGAGUGUUUGAAAAGGGAUGUGGGUGACUUAGAUACUGGAGUUUCAUCUCUCCCUGAUUGGAUAGCAACCAAAGUGUUGCUCACCACAUGGCUUGCCGAUGCGCUUGAGUAUGAACUGUGGGUGGGAUGUAGCGGUUCCUCUGCUUAUAAUAUCUAUUAUUCUGAUCUUCCCUGGCCUAUAGGGAAGGUCCUCUGUUGGAAGAAGGCUUUUUGGGUAACGCAAAAACAUGGGAUAAGUAAAGACAAUGCUGAAGUGAAGGAAGAAGAGAUUUAUGGGAGAGCAAACUCUGCAUAUGAUGCUCUGUCAAUUUUGUUAGGGGAACAAAAGUACCUUUUUGAAAACAGGCCAUCAAGCUUGGAUGCUAUUUUUCUUGCCCAUGCAUUAGUUGUUCUUAAAGCUUUACCUGAAUCAUCAAUUUUGCGGGCCAACUUUUUGGAACGUACCAUUUUGGUGAGAUAUGUGCAGCAAUGUACUGCAGAAAUUAUAGAAGCUAGUGCGAUUCCUUCCAAUUAUCCAGAUUUCCAUGCAGAGCCAUCAUCAUCAGCUUCUAAAGGUCGUUCAACUCCAGGUUCAAAGCCCAAGACUAAACCCAAAAGAAAGCCACAAACAAAGGAGGAGAAAACCUUUAGAAGAAGGGCUAAAUAUUUUGUGGUAGCACAGGUGGUUGCUGUUAUUCUUUUCCUUAGUGUCAGGUCUGGACUAGGUGAUAAUGCUGACUUGGAGUUAGACGAUGCAGGCUAUGAUUUAGAUGAAUGA